AUGAUGAUUGUUGUCGUCCUCGCCCUUGUGGCCGUCGCCUGCGCGGUUCCAGUAACCGAACUACCCGAAAAAGAACUCGAACUUAAACAAGCAUAUGUAGAACCAAUAAAGAUUAUUCGCUCUGAGGAACACCGUGACCCCGAGGGUGGAUACAACUUCAGCUACGAGACCGCGAAUGGCAUUAACCAAAAUGAAAACGGUGAACUGAAGACGGUUCCCGAUGAAGACAAUAAGCCCCACACUGUCAUCGUUGUCCGCGGUGCCUACUCUUACACGGAUAAAGACGGCAAAGUUCAGUCCAUCACCUACAGCGCUGACGAGAAAGGCUUCCAUGCUGAAGGCGACUCAAUCCCCACAAUCGCCCCGUCCAGGAGAUAA